GUGGCGGCGAUCACCACGAGUGGGAAAUCUCGUGUGCGCGAUUACGACCCUGCGCAUCGGCAAAAAGUGUUGGUGAUGGGCCGCAAGGUUACACGAUACGGGCAGGACGAGGUGUCGGUUCCAGUUGGUGACAAGUCUGAUGGGGCAGGGAAGAAGGAUGGGGUGGAAGCGGCUUCCCGUGCUACUUCACGGAAGAACGGCUGCGGCGUUGGGAAGAAGGAGAAGGGAAAGAGGAAGGUGGCGGCGAUCACCAUGGGCGGGCCUGCGCUGAAGUCUCGUGUGGCCGAUUCCAAUGCGCAUCCGCAAAAGAUAAAAUCGUUUCUCCCCUCUCCAGUUAAAUAUGUGUCGCGUUUCUAAGGCAGAAUAUACACUUGUUAUAUAUACAUGUGCGAACAGGGUCAGAAGGAGAAGAAUAAGGAACGGAAAAAUGGUGCUAAGAAGAUGAAGGUGGCGGCGGAACCACAUCCGGAAACACUGAACACUGCUUCGGGGAAGGAGAAGGUGGUGGUGAUCACCACGGGUGAGCCUGCGCUGAAAUCUCGUGUGCACAAUUCCACUACGCAUCCGCAAAAGAUUCAGAAGGAGAAGAAUGGACGCAAAAAUGGUUCUAAGAAGAUGAAGGUGGUGGAGGAAGAAGGGAAGCCAUCGAAGGAGCUGCCUGUGGAAACACUGAAUAUUGUGAAGAGGAAAAGGAAAUCAAAUAAUGUACAAAAUGCCGAGUCUCGUACUGCUUCGACUGGCAACAACAGAAAGCCACAACUUCGGAGAUCUGCUCGACUUAUGCUCAGUCCGCCUGAAAAUGAUCAUAAGUAGACUUUAGAGUAACGUCUAUUUUGGGAGAAUCAAAAUAGAUUGCUUUAUUCAAAAUACUUUCCUUUAUCUUGUUGUUUGGAAUUCUUCGGAUACAUACCAUGGAUAUGUUGGUUCUUGA